AGAUAGGACAAGUUGUAUAGAGCCAUACAACAUCUGUCGAGUCCGGAACGUGACGACUAGCGAGCAAUUGAUGCACAAAUAGCCUACCCAAACUGGUAAAUAUUGACAUUUUUGUGGGAGAAGCCUCUGCGUUUGUGACUGACUGAGAAGAUUAAUUUGUGGAAAUGCGCGGACUAUCGCGGCCGUAUUCCAGUGAAGAUGGAUGAUAAACUAUUGUAUCGCAACAAUGACGGCGGGUAUGACUUUCAUCAAUCUAACGCCACAAUACACUUGUCAAACCUUACUAUAGCAAACAAUUAUGUGUAUGUGCGCGUGUGUGCGUCUGCUGCCGCCUUCAUUAUCUUGGCUUUCUUCAACAUUAUCAUAAACUGGACCAUCAUACGCCAGGAGAGACUGCGGAACCACGCGCGCUUCGUGUUAGUGUUCCACCUGCUGCUGUCGGCCCUCGUCUACUUUGGAGUUUGUUGGGGGUUUUAUUUGCAGAUCUAUUUAAAUGUGCGACCCACCACGUACAUGUGUGCCACCCUGGUAACUGUACUCAUUACAAGCGCGUCCAACAUCCUGCUGACAUUGACCGUGAUGGCGGUGGACCGUUACUGGGCCAUCUGCUUUCCCUUGCGCUACAAAAACUUGUGCGCUCGCCAGUGGCCCUGGCUGUUGGGGCUCUUCACCUGGGGUCUCGCUGCCAUCAUACCCUUGACCCUCUUUCCCUGGACGGAGAGAGCAGGGGAAGGGAAGCUCUGUGGAAGAGAGGAGCUGAAAAAGGGGGAGUUGCACAAAAUUGUAUUGAUCAGCAUCUGCAGUUUAAUUAUCCUGUACAGUUAUGUCAGGAUCAUCCUCGAGGGACGCCGGUUAGGUGUGGUUAACCGCCACAAUAAAAUAGGGUGCAGGACCAUUACUCUCCACGGGUUUCAGCUCGCGGUGUACAUUCUUCCCAACUUUGUGAACUAUUUCUUGUAUAUUUUGUCAAAGUAUGGACACAUUCACAUGGACACAAAGGAUCUGUUUGCGGUGGUGAACUUUGCCUUCUUUAGUAUCGCGCAAUGCAUUGCGCCAAUUGUUUACGGGCUGCGUAAAGAAGAGAUCUUGGAGCAUCUACAACAGGACAGCUUGUGUGGCCACUGUCCCCUUAAAAAUGUGGCGGAGUGGACCUUUCGCAGGACUCAAUCGAGUCCCCAUUCCUAUUCAAGGGAGCGGCGACUGACAUCCCAGACCCCUGACUGCCCCUCAUGGGAGACCCUGAGCAGCCAGCCGGCCGGCCCGGACAAAUCUCAGUUACUGGAGAUCAGAUCACAACCCUUCACCCGUAAGCCAGAUGAAGAAAGGAGAAUGCAGUGUUGCAGCAGUAACCCAUAG